AUGGAAUCGCUCCUGCGUCUCAGCACCUCCUUGUUGGAGCAAAUGACGUUCACUGGCCGGCGAGACGUCAAUGUCCUGGACGCGCAGGCUCUGAAUCUCACGUUCAUGACCGAGCAGCUCGUGGUUAUGGGCACCCCAAGUUUCGCCCCAACCGAUCCAAAGCUCAAUGUCGUGAACGUGACCGACUUGGCGCAUUUUCUAGAUACGAACUAUAGCCACCACUUUAUGCUCUUCAGCUGUAACUCCCUUCAACAUGACGAGAAAAACGUCAUGCAGGACACGGUCACUGCAGAACUAGCUGGAGAUGGAAACACUUUUUUGUCGCAGGUCCGUGAACUACACGGCCAAAUGCUCGAAUUCAACUGGGAACGAGGUAACCUGAAAGCGCACACGCCGUCGUUUGACGUCCUUUUUCGCAUGUGCUACGCGCUGGACGCGUAUCUCUCUCUCGAUCGACGGAACGUUGCGUUGGUGAAUUGUCCGACGGGCAAAACCCAGAGCGGAAUUGUCGUGGCUUGUUACCUGCUCUUUGCACGACGGAGCCACGAUCCGAUCGAUGGUCUUGCUGCCUUUUACCGAAAACGGUGGCACCUGAAGUCACUUACGGCGCAGACUCUGCGGCAGAAGACACCACCGUCGAUUCAGCGGUUUCUGGCAGAGUUUUACCAGUUGCUGGAGAGACGCAAGCCACGGAAUGACAAGCCGAUUCUACUGAAGACGGUCGUGUUGAGGAAGCUGCCAGUCGAUCGCCAGCCUUGUGUGCAGAUUUAUAACGACUAUAAACUCGUCUUUUGCACGGACGCAAGAGGGGGCGAGGAAGAGCCUGUACUGGACUGGGAUGAAGAGGAUGGAUGCUUUAUCAUCUCGUGGAAAAGCGGACUUGAGUUGGAUGGAGGGUUUUCGCUCUUGUGCUCCUUCGGAGGCGACUACGACCAUGUGAGCGACACGGACGCGUCAUCGAGAGUGCUGUUUCGAUACACGGACUCGACGCUUUUUCUCUUGCCUGGACUGGUAACGCUCAAGAGACAUGAUCUAGACUUGAUGAAGCGGUACGAGCACGGAUUUGACGACGAUGAAUUCGCAGUCGAGCUGGAAUUGCAUGAAAAUAGCACCAAGCAGCCACAUGACAUGGUGAGAACGAACUACUCGGGGAACUCCGCUUUGUGCCAAGGUUUGAUUGAAAUUACCAAGCACCACAUCGUUUUGCCGGGCCCAAGCAUGCAUUCGGCCUUGAUGCGCAUGGGCUUUAGCGACACGCCUACUACGUUCGCUCUCCAAUGCUCACAGAAUAGCCCGAGUCUGGCGCUGGAGAUGUUGCGGUGUAAUCCAUUGUCUACCUGUUUUGUCCAAGAAACACAGGAGAGGGUAGCCGAGAGAAUCUCUGUCGAACCCAAUCGCGACAGCCAGAAUCCCCAUCUAGUUUAUGGCACUAUGUCGAACACGCGACUGGUUGAUGGAGCACCUAGCACUGCGCCUGCUGAAUUCCAAGGUGUUGCAGGUGAAAGCAGUAUCAGAAGUGGCUCGAAAGCUCUUGGUAUUAUGUCCAUCGCUAUGGCUGGACAACAUCAAGCGACUGUUGAUGUGUCAAGAGAGCUUGGGCGUCUGAGUGAAGAUCUUGUGUCGAGUAGGUUGUCCAGUGACAAUCUUACAAAAGCGACCACUGGUCUUAGCAGCGUGAACGCCCCUAUUGCCGUGUCAUUUGCGAAUACUCUCAAGUCAGCAGACGCUUCGACUCUGUCUCGUCCAUCCGACGAAGACACGGAGGAUACGUUUUCAAACAGGCAGAGCACUCUCAGAAACAUGAACGAUUCUAGCGAGAUGUUUGCACGAAAAUCGACAGGCAACAAGUACACGUUGAUGUUGAAGCGGGGUGUUCCAUUCGAGGCAGUUCAAAACUGCAUGCAGAGGGAAAACGUCGAUCCGUCAACUUUGGAAGCCGUGGUCCCGAGUAAGAGCACCACUGCUGGUCUUCGUAGCGCCAUCCAAGCAAAAGGAAUCCAGAAACGAAGUCUCAAAGACAUGGAUGAAUUCUCCAUUUACUUUCGAAUGCUGCGCAUGGGAUGCCCGGAAGAAGCUGUGAGACAGAAGAUCACAAUGGAUGGAAUCGAUCCAGUCAUCUUGGAUCUUGGAUCCGAUGCUGUUUAUGAUGAGGUGAAGAAUCGCAUUACGGGUGUUGAAACAAGUGUUCAGAAGCCGUCUACUGCAGUCAAUGGGAGCGACACUGCAUCGGAAGUCUCGCUGGAGGAAUGCAACGUGUAUACCAAAUAUCACAUGAUGCUAAAGAUGGGAGUUCCAAAGGGUGCUGUACGCCAAAAGAUGAAGGCUGACGGUGUUGAUAUGCGCGCUUUGGACAAGGGCGGCAACGAUUCUCUUUUGGCGAUACCAGAACAAACACGAGAGAAAAGGUUCACUACAACGACAGUGGACGGCAUGAACCUGAUGCAUCAUCCAGAGAAUACAAAACAUUGUGAAGCGCUGUUAGCAAGCUUACCGGAAGUUGCUGUCCAAAAAGAGAUGAAAGCCGGUGGCGUGAAUGAAGGAGAUGUCAAGGAGGAUGCCGUGGAUUGGCAGGUUCCGAAUUCGAACGGUGGGAAUCGUGUCGAACUGCAAGAGAAUGUCCUCGUAUCCGACUCAUGUGCGAUGAAAAGGACGGUAUUUCAUGAUGGGAACGUACGUCACCAAAAAAUGAAGGAUGAUGGUACUGAGGAAAGUGCUCUCGAUCGCAGGAGGAAUGUGCCAAUCUCGGAUACAAAUGGAGUAACAUGCGACGUAAAGCUUGAUGAAGAUCUACUGGACGCAACAUGUUUGGCUGGACUCUCUGAGGAUGCGGUGAAGUCAAAGAUACUGUCAGAUAGUGUUGAAGUGCAGGGGCUAGACCUCGGUGCCAGUUUCUCAAAGUUAAAUUCUGGUGUUAGUGCUGUGACUGCGGCAGCAGAACCGCUCAAGCGAGCACGUAAGAAACUGCACUGGCAAGCCAUAUCGGAGGACCGUUUGCAAAAUCUCAAUCUGCAAAAAACAAUCUGGGAAGACGAGGAUGAAGAUGUUCAAGUUGAUGUGGAUAUGGAUGAACUCGAAGCGCUCUUUUUCGCUCAUCAAAGCACGGGUAGUGCAACGAAGGAUUUCUUGCGAGGAUCGAGUAAAGCGCUGAACAGAAAGCAAACCGUCACGUUGUUCAACGGGAAACGUGCAAUGAAUGCUGCCAUUUCUUUAGCGCGAGUCAAGCUCACCUAUCGCGAGAUUGCCAAAGCUGUAGAGAAUUUCGAUCCAAGUGGUCUUACGAUACAGCAGCUUAUCGGCAUUAACGAAAGUCUACCCACUCCAGAUGAAGCGGUGCUGGUUUCUCGAUAUACUGGUGACAAGGAGAUGCUUGGCGAGGCUGAGAAAUUCGCUCUUGAGAUUGCAAAGGUUGAACGCUACGGACGUCGAAUGGAGUGUCUGAUAUUCAAGAUGUCUUUUUCGUCCCGCAGUGCAGAGCUUUCGACUUCCUUGUCACGUUUGCAGAAGGCUAGCGAAGAGGUGAAGGGCAGCCGCUUGCUAAAAAGUUUGCUGGCGAUCGUGCUCAAGCUGGGCAAUACUUUGAAUGGAAGCAAAGAGGACAAUGGAAUUAAGGGGUUUACCGUCGACUCCCUGCUCCGCUUAGGACAUACCAAAGCGGUGAAUCAGAAGACAACAGUGUUGCACUACUUAGUUCGCCUCAUGAAGAAAAAUCACGUUCAGGUUCUUGACUUCCAGGCGGAAUUGCCAAGUGUUCCUCUUGCAGCACGGGAGUCUUUCGUAACAAUAGACGCAGAGUUUAAGAAACUGGAAAAAGGGCUGACGAGUCUCGCCACCGAGCAACGGAUGCUAGAAAAGCAAUCUGUCGAGACAAGAAGUUUGGAAGCCACCACGAUGUUGAUGCAAGCUGCUGCUGCUGACAUCGAUGCACGAAUGAAAAUGAUUGGGGACGGGAUAUCGCGAGCACGGAAGGAGGUUUCAAGUGUGCUCGACUACUUUGGGGAAGACCCGAAUCGAAACCCCAGCGAGUUCUUUACCACACUUGCCUCUUUCUGCACGGUGUUCCAACAAGCACGCAAUGAAGUCGAUGCUGCAGAUGAACUUGCACGGCGAAAGCAACGGUUGACGAUGCGUCGGUUGAACACAUUACAACCACUGCCAAAGUCGAGUAAUGGAGCAACCAUGAAGAUGUCCGGCCAGGUUCUAGAACGUCCCCACACCAAACACACCACUGAAGAGCGACGACAUCUUGACGAACCGUAG